CACAAGACGCACGCGGAGCCUAUAAUAAAUGUCACCUUAUAUAAUAAAAAAAUUUUAUUACACAAUAAAUAACCAUAACAUGAGAUAAAAAUUGAGCAUAAAGUAAAAUUGAAAGCAGAAUAUCUAAAACAAAGUACUGCACAAAGUACUUUUUGUACUUUGGUGGAGUCAUUUGUGCACCAGUUGCAUUUUUUCAUAUCAUCUAUAAUCUGUGACCUGUGACCAGCUGUUCAGUGUUGAGCAGUGUUGAAUUUAAGCCACGCUGGUCCGCGUCAGGCGCAAGUAAUUUUCGAGGACGAAUAACAAGGCACCUUGACUUGACUUUGCAAAGUGCAAACUCUUUUUCCAAUUCAAAAUUUUCUUCUUCCUCAAAAAAAAAAUGAUACCGAGCUGCAUCAGGAAUGUUGCCGCGCAAUCAUCACGUCGGAACGUGGCGUCAUUUUUCUUUAGCAAGAAAAAUAAUUAUGCCACUGAAGCUUCCUUCGAAACUAAACCUUUUCGUUUGCACAAACUGACACAAGGGCCAUCCACUCAAGUUACAGUGACUCGAGAUGAUGCUAUACAAUUAUUUAAGCAUCUACAUACGAUACGUCGUAUAGAAACAGCUGCUGGCAACUUGUACAAGGAAAAGAUUAUUCGUGGCUUUUGUCAUUUGUAUUCUGGACAAGAAGCUUGUGCUGUUGGCAUGAAAGCUGCAAUGCGGUCUCAAGAUGCUGUAAUUACAGCCUACCGUGCACAUGGAUGGACCUAUUUGAUGGGCAUAGAACCUUUUGGUGUUCUUGCAGAACUCACAGGUAGACAAGGUGGCAAUGCCAAAGGCAAGGGUGGCUCAAUGCACAUGUAUGCUAAGAAUUUCUAUGGAGGAAAUGGUAUUGUUGGGGCUCAGGUGCCACUGGGGGUUGGAAUUGCCUUUGCACAAAAAUACAUGAAUAAUGGCGGGGUCUGUCUAGCAUUAUAUGGUGAUGGUGCAGCUAAUCAAGGACAAGUGUUUGAAGUCUAUAACAUGGCAAAGUUGUGGGACUUACCUUGCAUCUUUGUCUGCGAAAACAAUGGAUACGGAAUGGGUACCAGCGCGGAGCGUGCCUCGGCAAACACAGAAUAUUAUACCAGAGGCGAUUAUGUUCCUGGAAUAUGGGUAGACGGUAUGGAUGUAUUAGCUGUGAGGGAAGCUACAAGAUUCGCGAUAGAGUACUGCACAUCUGGCAAAGGACCAAUCGUCAUGGAAACCAUGACAUACAGGUACAGCGGACACAGUAUGUCGGAUCCUGGAACUAGCUACCGUACGCGAGAAGAGGUACAGGAAGUCCGGCAGACUCGGGAUCCUCUAACCAGCUUCAAGGAAAAAAUUCUGAACGCUAAUCUUGUCACUGCGGAUGAAAUCAAAACAAUAGAAAAUGAAAUCAGAAAAUCAGUGGAUGAUGCCGUGAAGGCCGCCAAGAACGACAAGGAGAUUCCACUGAGCGAACUUACUGCCGACAUUUAUUCGACGUGUCUAGAAAAAGAAAUUCGAAAUACGACCCCCUUUAAUCCUCUACCACACAUUAGAUUAGGGCCAGCUGUGAAUGCUUGAAACUGCUCAAGGAUUGUCUCCUAAAAUAUUGUAUAUAUUUUACAGUUACAUGCCACUCUUGAAGACGUUCAUAGAUUUACAGAUUAGUUGUAUAUGCUUCGCACACGAUUUAACUCAAAAUGUAUAUUAUUAUUUUAUCAAAAAGCAGAACGAAUAUUUAUAAGAUACAUUAGUUCAAGUUUGUAUCGACAUGUUAAUUUCAAUAUUUUAUGAUACAUACACAUAUGUUAUCAAACAACCUAUAUAUUAAAAAGAAAAUCCAUACUUCGAUAUAAUAGAAUUUGAGAGAUUAAAUUAAUUUAUUGACUAAUUUAUUUCUGGUAUAUAAAUUGCCAUGAAGAGA